GGGGUGGGGUCAGCGUUCCUUGAUGCAGUUGCAAAGCAGCGGGAGGAAGACAAGCGGUCGUCAGGCUCAGCUGCAGCCCCACUCGUCCCACACUCGAGUGUGUGGAGCAUCCGUGAUUCCCCGCGGCGUAAUCAUAAUAUCAUCCUCACUCUCACACACCGCGAUGAUAUCUGGGAACCGUCGAGGCGCAGUCAUGGCUCUGCCUGUGGUGAUAUUUGGAGCCCUGAUGCUGCACACCGUCUCCACGCAAAACGCCGGCUUUGUGAAGUCCCCCCUCUCUGAAACGAAGCUCACCGGAGACACCUUUGAGCUGUACUGCGAUGUCGUCGGUAGCCCCACCCCCGAAAUCCAGUGGUGGUACUCUGAGAUCAACCGAGCUGAUUCCUUCAGGCAGCUGUGGGACGGCGCCCGUAAGCGGAGGGUGUCCAUCAGCACGGUCUACGGUGUCAAUGCGGUUAGCGUGCUGGGAGUCUCGUAUCUAACGCUGGAUGAUAUCGGGACGUACGAGUGCAGAGCCAGCAAUGACCCACGACGUAACCACCUGCACCUUAAUCCCGCCAUCACCUGGAUCCGAGCACAGGCUACAGUUACGGUGCUGCAGAAGCCAUCAAUCGCUGCCUCUGAACACACUUCCCUUCCCGUGGAAGGCCACAGCGCCCCUUUCGCUCUUCAAUGCAACCUGACCAGCAGUGACAAUCCCCUCCUGGAGAGCUACUGGAUGAAAAACGGGGAGGAGAUCCCAGAAACUCGCAGCCUAAAUAGGAAUACCGAGUACAAGCUGAGCAAACCAAGAGGAGAUGAUGCCGGGGUGUACAUGUGCGUCUUCACCUUUGGGAUAUCCCCCGCCGCCAACACGACCAUUGAAGUCAAAGCCGCCCCUGAGAUUACAGGCCACAAACGGAGUGAGAACAGGAACGAGGGUCAGCGUGCUCUGCUUUAUUGUAAAUCGGUGGGCUACCCUCAUCCCACUUGGACCUGGCGCAAACUUGACAACGGCAUUUAUAGGGAAAUUGACAACUCAUCUGGCCGAUUCUUCAUCAGCAGCAAAGACAAUUACACUGAGCUCACCAUUGCCAACCUGGACAUUAACUUGGACCCAGGCGAGUACCAGUGCAACGCCACCAACUUAAUGGGCAGCAGCGAUGAGAGCUCCGUGCUGAGAGUCCGCAGCCAUUUGGCCCCCUUAUGGCCUCUUCUGGGGGUUUUGGCCGAGAUCAUCAUCCUGGUUGUCAUCAUUGUUGUCUAUGAGAAACGUAAGAAGCCUGAGGAUUUACAAGACGAUGAUGACCCAGCUGGACCAGUGAAAACCAAUUCCACCAACAACCACAAAGACAAGAACCUGCGCCAGAGGAAUACAAAUUGAGCUGCCUGUUUGCAGAGGCACAUUAUGCUUAUUGACCACAAGAAGGUAAAGAAGAAUGGAAUCCACGCCAGUUACUAGAAUGGAUCUGCCAUUGAACGUGUGCUUGUGAGGGAAUUUGAAUGAGGCAUGCCUUAUGAUUUUAUUGCAACAAGCUCUAAUCAAUAUGCCAUUGAUAACACAACUAUUGUUACUGCAUGCAGUUGUUGACGUGUAUGAUUUUUCCCGCCCCCGCCCUCCUCGUUUGCUACUUUUACGACUUUUAAAAUAAUGGCAUGCAAGAUAUUGACCCUCUGAGAAAAGGAUUUUUUUUGUGUUCUCUCAGAGUGGCUUCAUGUAGAUCAUCUAUACCAGGGGUCGGCAACCUUUACUAUCAAAAGAGCCAUUUUACCCCCUCGCUCACUGAAGAAAAAUAGAAUGGAGCCGCGAAACAUAAUUUAACAGCAGAAUAUAGGGGCUGCAUAGCGGUCGAGUGAUUAGCGCGCAGACCUCACAGCUAGGAGACCCGAGUUCAAUCCCACCCUCGGCUAUCUCUGUGUGGAGUUUGCAUGUUCUCCCCGUGCAAGAAAUGUGUCAACAUGCUCACAUCCAGAGCAAAUUGCGAGUCUCCCAAGAUUUUGAUUGACUGCCAGAUUUGGAGGGAAUUUUGGGGUAUCAAAGUAGUUCAGAGGAGAAAAAGCGGAGUUGAUCAAGUACUCUUGCUAGUAUACAGUCUCACAGAAAGUCCCAUUUUUUUCAAAAGUAAUUACAAAGAUGCAUAUUUUCCUCAUUUGGGUGUUAAAACAAAUAUUUGAGCAUUGCAAAGGGAGCCACAACAAAGAGGCUGAAGAGCCACAUGCGGCUCUGGAGCCGGAGGUUGCUGACCCCUGAUCUAUACUGUACGGUUUUAGAAGAAAAAACACAUCUCAGCCGUGUCGAUAUCGCACUUUUGUACCAUUUUAUCACUCAAUUGCUUAUCAUGACCCAAGAUUCAUCAUGAUAAUAUGAAUAUUCCAUUUAAAGGGCUUUGCAAUGUCCCUCUAAACCUAAUAAUAAGGUUCAAUGUAUGUACUGUAUGUAUGAAAUCACUGUAGCUAUGUAUUGAUAGAAACGCUAUGAUGCACUUCAAUGUUGACAAUAAUGGCAAACUGUAUAAACCUACGUUAAGAGAUACGUUACAAUCAUUCUACAUUGUUUUGUAAUUACAGUAUGUAUUGUACAGCAUGGCUUUUAUCCUAUGCAACUAAUACUCAUAUCAAUAUUUGCCUAAGCAGCUUUUAAUUCUUCUGUGACAGCAUUGAGCUAUAUUAGGAUCACCGUAGAGCAUAUAGAUGUUUUAUUACGCAGCUGCAUGGUUUCUGUACAGCGGACGUGGAAGGGACUUGAACGGCCUGUGACAAAAUAUUGAUUCAUUUUUAAGAAUAAACAUUUCCAAAAA